UUAUUUAUUAAUCUGUAUUGCUAUAUAGUAGUCGCUAUAUAGACAGAUAUGAAAUGUUUACAAGUGUGUGCUUUUAUUGCUCUUUUUGUUAUUGCGUCUACUCAAUGGGAUGCACAUUUUGCCAAUGGUAGAACUUCAAUUGUUCAUUUAUUUGAAUGGAAAUGGAGUGACAUUGCUGCUGAGUGUGAAAGGUUUUUAGGUCCAAAAGGAUUUGGAGGUGUCCAGAUUUCUCCACCAAAUGAAAACCUUGUUAUAUCAAAUUAUAAUCGAGUAUGGUGGGAAAGGUAUCAACCAGUAAGUUAUAAACUUAUUACGAGAUCAGGGAACGAGAAUGAAUUUAAAAAUAUGGUUGACAGAUGCAAUGCCGUUAACGUAAGAAUAUAUGUGGACACCGUUAUUAACCAUAUGUCUGCAGGUAGCGGUACAGGGACUGGCGGUAGUAGUGGCGACGUUGAAAAUAAAAAUUUUCCUGGUGUACCCUACUCCAUUAAUGACUUUCAUUCCACUUGUAAGAUAGAUAACUAUCAAGACGCGACAAAUGUAAGAAACUGUGAACUUGCAGGCCUUAAAGAUCUUGACCAGGGUAAUAACCAUGUUAGAAAUAAAAUAAGGGAAUACAUGAAUCACUUAAUUGAUUUGGGUGUGGCUGGAUUUAGAAUUGAUGCUGCUAAGCAUAUGUCUCCUAAUGAUUUAAAAAUUAUAUACGCUGGAUUAAAAGAUACUAAGUUUGGAGGUAAGCCUUUUAUUUAUCAAGAGGUAAUAGACUUUGGAGGUGAGCCAAUAAAGAAAACUGAUUACACAGGCAUAGGCAACGUUUUGGAAUUUCUUUAUGGUAAGAAACUAAGUAAUAUGUUUAGAGGAAACGACAAACUAACUUAUCUAGUAAACUGGGGACCUGCUUGGGGUCUUCUAGAUGGUUUAAAAGCCACUUGUUUUAUAGACAAUCACGAUAACCAAAGAUACGACUCUAACUCCAUUUUGACUUAUAAAAAACCCAAGCAAUACAAAAUGGCAAUAGCAUUUAUGUUAGCACACCCAUACGGAACCGCAAGAAUAAUGUCCAGUUACCUUUUUAAUGACAAGGACCAACCUGCACCACAAGAUGCACAAAAGAGACUUAUAAGUCCUGGAUUUAAACCAGACGGAACAUGUACAAAUGGUUAUGUCUGCGAACAUAGAUGGCGUGAAAUCUACAAUAUGAUACAAUUUAGAAACAUUGUUCUUGGUACACCCAUUACUAACUGGUGGUCAAAUAACGUUAAUCAGAUAGCCUUUGGACGUGGUAAUAAAGGAUUUAUAGCUUUUACCCAAGAAGGUGAUAUUAAAGAAAGUUUACCAACGUCCUUACCAGAUGGUACAUAUUGUGACGUAAUAAGUGGUGAUUUAACAAAUGGUAGUUGUACAGGAAAAAGUGUUGUAGUUAGUGGAGGAAAAGCUAAUAUACAACUAGGACAAAAUGAGUUUGAUGGUAUGGUGGCAAUUCACGUUCAAGCAAAGAAAAAUUAGAUACAAUUUGUGGUAAAUAACCAAUAUAUAUACAUUAUAUAUUAUUAGUAAAUACUAUACAUUUAAAUUCCAGAAGAUCAUAUUUUAAACACGCUACAAUAUUUGUUAAAUAAAAAUCCUAAAUAAAAAUAUCAGGC